AUGGACGAUCCCUCCUCCGCCUCCAACAAGCGCAAGCGCAAGCGGGGGCGCAAGACCAAGGCGUCCCCGGCCUCCCCCGACCGCUCCUCCCCCUCUCCGGCGGCCGCCCCCGCUCCGGCUGGGCGCCGUGGCCGCAAGCCGCGCCGUAAUGAGGCCCCCGCCGACGCGGACGCCGCGCGUCCGCCGUCCCCGCCCCGCCGCGGGGAGCCGAAGCCGGUGGCGAAUGGAGUCGAUGCGGUGGCAGUGGCCGUGGCGGAGGCAGGCCUCGCGAGCUGGGAUGAGGUGGUGAGGGUGGUGCCGUGCAUGGACGCCGUGGUCAAGGUGUUCUGCGUGCACACGGAGCCCAACUUCUCGCUGCCGUGGCAGCGGAAGCGGCAGUACAGCUCUAGCAGCAGCGGGUUUAUCAUCAGCGGCCGCCGUGUCCUCACCAAUGCCCACUCCGUGGAGCACUAUACCCAGGUUAAGCUUAAGAAGCGCGGCUCCGACACCAAGUACCUUGCCACCGUCCUGGCCAUCGGCACAGAGUGCGACAUUGCACUCUUAACUGUCAAUGACGAUGAAUUCUGGGAAGGAGUUUCACCUGUCGAGUUCGGAACAUUACCUGCUCUUCAGGAUGCAGUCACUGUUGUCGGUUAUCCAAUUGGAGGAGAUACCAUAUCUGUGACAAGCGGAGUGGUCUCUAGGAUAGAAAUACUUUCAUACGUUCAUGGUUCUACAGAACUUCUAGGAUUGCAGAUAGACGCAGCUAUUAAUUCGGGAAAUUCAGGUGGCCCAGCUUUUAACGAUAGGGGCAAAUGUGUUGGUAUAGCUUUUCAAUCUCUUAGACAUGAAGAUGCGGAGAAUAUAGGUUAUGUGAUACCGACUCCAGUUAUUACACAUUUCAUUGAGGACUACAAAAAAUCUGGAGAAUACACAGGCUUUCCUAUACUCGGAGUUGAAUGGCAGAAAAUGGAGAAUCCUGAUCUCCGCAAAGCAAUGGGAAUGAAACCAGAUCAAAAGGGUGUUCGUGUUAGGAGGGUGGAGCCCACAGCUCCCGAAUCUGGAUGCCUACAACCAUCUGAUAUUAUUCUUAGUUUUGAUGGUGUUGACAUUGCUAAUGAUGGAACAGUACCUUUCAGGCAUGGCGAGCGCAUUGGCUUCAGUUAUCUGGUUUCUCAGAAAUAUACUGGCGAGAAAGCCCUUGUUAAGGUUCUGCGUGAUUCAAAAGUUUAUGAAUUUAAAAUAAGGCUAGCAACUCACAAGCGACUCGUUGCGGCUCAUGUGAAGGGCAGGCCACCUUCAUAUUACAUAGUUGCUGGCUUUGUUUUUGCAGCUGUCUCUGUUCCAUAUCUUCGAUCCGAGUAUGGAAAAGAUUAUGAAUAUGAUGCACCUGUCAAGUUGUUGGUGAAGCAUUUACAUGCAAUGGCAGAAUCACCUGAUGAACAACUUGUGGUGGUAUCACAGGUGCUUGUAUCAGAUAUCAAUAUAGGUUAUGAAGAAAUAGUCAAUACCCAGGUUCUUGCUUUCAAUGGUCAGCCUGUAAAAAAUUUAAAGAACUUAGCGACCAUGGUGGAAAAUUGCAAGGAUGAAUUUUUGAAGUUUGAUCUGGAGUAUGACCAGAUUGUCGUCCUUGAGACGAAAACUGCAAAGGCUGCUACCCAGGACAUUCUGACGACACACUGUAUACCUUCUGCAAUGUCGGAUGACCUUAAGGCCUAG